CCUUCAUGGAAAGAGCCUUGUAAUAUGAUUAUGAAGUUUCUGUUUGAAGAAGUUUCUUCUGGAAUAAAAAUGGAUUUUAUAUGGCAGAAUCAAGAUAAUUGGUUUGAUAUAUAAAAAAGUGGUGCAUAUUUUAAAUAAAUAACCAUGACAACUUCCCAUAUGAAUGGGCAUGUUACAGAUGAAUCAGACAUUGAAGUAAAAAAUGUUGAUCUGACAUCUCCAGAAGAACCUCAGAGACACCGAGAGAUGGCGGUUGAUUGCCCUGGAGAUCUGGGAACUAGAAUGAUGCCAGUGCGUCGAAGUACACAACUAGAACGAAUUCGCCAACAACAGGAGGACAUGAGGCGUAGGAGAGAAGAAGAAGGAAGAAAACAAGAACUAGACCUUAAUUCAUCCAUGAGACUUAAGAAACUAGCACAAAUUCCUCCUAAAAUUGGUAUAGAUAAUCCUAUUUUUGAUACUGAAGAAGGAGUUGCCUUGGAGAGUCCUCAUUAUGCUGUGAAGAUACUAGAAGUAGAAGACCUGUUCUCUUCACUCAAGCAUAUUCAGCAUACUUUGGUAGACUCCCAGAGCCAGGAUGACAUUGCUUUGCUUUUACAACUUGUACAAAAUACUGAUUUCCAGAAUGCAUUUAAGAUACACAAUGCUGUCACAGUGCAUAUGAGUAAGGCCAGCCCUCCAUUUCCUCUUCUCUCCAAUGCACAAGACCUUGCACAGGAGGUUGUGGGGAGUUAUAGAGAAGCCAUGCCCAAAACCUCAGGGGUAACAGAUAUACCCUCUGAGUACCACAAAGAGGACUCUGAUGAAAGAGGUCCAGAGCACAGCACCUGCCCCGUACGGCCCAUCCUUUACGAAUGUCUCCCCUGCAAGCACUCCCACAUUUCUCAUAAAUAG